AUGUCAGAGAUCCCUGGGCUUCCCGUGCAAAAGGGUCGCUCGGAUGGGAGAAGCGACAGCUGUGCGACGUGUGGAAAUAAAUUUUCUCCUCCCACCGCCAAGUCAAACUGUCCAUGUUGCGAGAAACUCUGCUGCUCUGACUGCGUUCAGGCCGAGUGUGCCAUUGUGGCCGGUAGUGCGUCGUCGAAGGUAUGUAUAGAUUGCUUUUCCAUGCUUCAGAGCAACCGACACACGGGGCCCGUGGAAAGCUCACCAUCGCCUGAAUUUUAUGCCGCAUCUGUAUCCCCGCCCCGGUCUCUGACCCCCGCUAACGGACGCGAGCGAAGUGCGGCGGCUCAUGCAAGAGCAUCAGGCGAUGAAAGGACACAAGACGCUUUGGCCGUUGAUGGCGAAUGCGCUUCCUUAUCCGUGUUUCAACAGUACGUGGGUGACCCGAAACAUUCGGAAUUCCUGCAAACAAAGAGUGACUCUUUGCUCAGACACCUCAGGGAACGAGAGCUCGAGCUCCAGUCGCUCCGUGUGGAGCGUGAUCGGGCUAUCGCACCAAUUGCGCCCGGUGAAAAAUGUAUUUGGAACAAAACCGAGGUCCAACAAACCUCAGAGGAAAAUGCCAAAGAGUUACGUGAACAACUGGACAGUGCACAGCUUCGUAUGGGGGCAAUGGAGACGGAGUUAAAGAAAGCGUUAGACCGUGCAAAGUCCAGCGAGGCGACCGUGCAGCUGCUUCAACAGCGCAUCGGUAGAUAUGAAGACGAAGUGGCCCGACUUCAACAGUCCCAAAAAGGACUUGAAACGGCUCCAGGAAGUGUGCAUAAGGAUACAUUGUGGACGCGGAAACUUCAUCCAUCCAUUGUGCAGGAUACAGUACUUACAGUUGUUACGCCAAAAUCUUGUGAGGCGUCAGGUUUGGAUGUUAAUCUGCGAGACUGGAAGUUUGAUAGCUUUGAGGUGGCCUCACGAGUUCCAUCUGUCUUGCAGAGCGUUGCGAUGAAUGUUGCAUUGGCAUGGAAUUUAUUUUCAUCCCACGAUGAAUUUCAAAGGUGGGUAAUGCUUGUUGCAGCCGUGGAAAACAACUAUAGGCCCAACGCUUAUCAUAAUGCCAUACACGCAGCGGAUGCUCUUCAAGGCGUUUUUUAUCUCGUGACGUCUGCUACACCUUUGAUGGAGCACAUGACACCUUUAGAAUUGAAGGCAGCUGCAUUUGCUGCACUGGUGCACGAUGUCCGCCACCCAGGGCGCACGAGUGGGUUUCUGGCUGCUGUGCAAGACCCAGUGAGCUACAAGUAUAGUGGCAGCGGCAGCUUGGAACAGCUUCAUGUUGCAACGGCGUUUGAACUGUUGACCGUGCCUGAAUUUGACUUUACCAGUUCCAUGGACAAUGCAUCUUUUCUCGAGUUUAAGAACAUCGUGACACAUCUUAUUCUACACACGGAACUGAGACUGCACCAUGAUAUUAUUUCAAAGUUAGGGGCAAAGGUGGGAGCUGGCAGGCUUGAUUGCACACGUAAAGAAGACCGCUUGGAUGCCCUGUCUUUUAUUCUGCAUGCCGCCGACAUUGGUGCACCUUCACGUGGUGUGGCCAUUGCAAGGAGAUGGUUGGUGGUGCUACAGGAGUUUGCUGAUCAAGCGGAAGACGAGCGCCGUCGCGGUCUUCCGGUGACUCCCGGCUUCGAUACACCGUCCUUGGUGGAGAGUUCGCAAAUUGCUUUUCUUGAUUUUUUCGUUAUCCCCACCUUUGAUUUGCUGCACCAGCUGUUUUCGAGCAUUGAAGAGCCCCUGCACAACCUCCGAAAGUUACGAGAGGUGUACGCCGCAAAGGCAGGCGUGAAGACGCCAUUUCCUCCGCCAGUUGACUACCGAGGGCAGGAGGAAAAGUCGCAACGCCUGGAGGCAGGGCUAGCGGAGCAUCGCAGUCAAGGAAGGGAGUUCUACCGCCUUUUGGAGGAGUUGAAGACAGCUGGUAUCAACCUCAAGAGAAAGUCUGCCGCGUUGAGAACAAAGGAGGAGGAGUUGAUUAAACGAAGCUGUUUACAGGGGCAGGGAGAGGGGCGAUGGAAGUUUGACCCGGCAAAAACAGGGGAUGAAUUACAGACCGAAAAGGAAAUGAGGGGACCGCAGCAGGUGUAUAUCGAUCCCCUGAGGAACGAGACGGUUGAGGCGACAGCGGGUCGCGACGGAACGCGAGAUCAAGUGGGUGGCUGGAGUGAAACGAUUGAGGCUCGUGAGCGCAAGCUUCGUGAACGCGAAGCAGCAUUGAUGAUGAGUGCGAGAUCAAUGGAUAUCCGCGAGAAAAAGUUGGCCGCCUUUUCAGAAAAACUUGCGGAUAUUGCUGAAAGGUUGCAUGCUGAGCAGAAGCGCGUCCGAGAAACAGAAAAUCCUGCGGUUGCCCUUCCGCAUCGAGAGUCUUUGCUUGUAGCGACGGGGGAUGCAGACAUCAAUAUGGCGCGCCCGUCGUUAGCUCAGCACGAGGCGGAGGAACGUCUCGCAAAGAAGUACAACGAGGUAGAUGAACUCCUCCUGAUGGUAAGAGCCAUGCGCAUUGAAUGUGUAGCAAUAAGCGGCACUGACGUUCGGCAGCGGGCGUUGUCUGCGACGCUCGCGGAACGUGAAGCAGCGAUAGCCGAGGCAGUUGAGUUGUCACGUCAACGGCGUCGGCAGGCGGAAGAGGGAAGAGGACUACGCCCUACAUCAAUGCAACUAAGUCGAUUGGAAAGCGCCAUAUUUCAAUUGACGGCGGCUAUCACUUUGUUGGCCGAAUGA